AUGUCACGAUACGCGGCAGCUCACCUUAGUCCCCAGGGACCAGGCGACUCUCGACCAACAGCGUUGCAAGUGGUCAAAGAUGAAGGAAUGGAAGGCAAGUUAGAGGGCAAGGUGAUUGUCAUCACCGGAACCUCCUCCGGCCUUGGUAUUGAAACGGCGCGCGCUCUGUUCGCCACCGGAGCGACGCUCUACUUGACAGCUCGAAAUGUCCCCAAAGCCAAAGCUGCCUUGGCCGACAUUGCCGAGGCAGGCCGUACGGAAUUCAUCGAAAUGGAUCUAGAAUCCUUCGAAAGCGUACGUGCCGCUGCGAAGACAAUUCUCGCAAAGACCGACAAGGUCAAUAUCCUGAUCAACAACGCUGGAAUCAUGGCAGUGCCACAUCUGGAAUUCACCAAGGAUGGCUACGAGUUGCAGUUCGGCACUAACCACCUCUCUCAUUUCCUGCUUUUCCAACUGUUGAAGCCAGCACUCCUGACCGCCUCGACCCCCGAUUUCCAUUCUCGGGUUGUUAAUGUGUCCUCAGCCGCUCACCGUCGAAACGGCAUCAAUGCAUCGGACAAUUACAACUUCGAAAAAGGGGGCUACGACCCCUGGGUAGCAUACGCGCAAUCGAAAACCGCCAACGUAUACAUGGCUAACGAGAUUGAGCGCCGCUACGGCUCUCUCGGGCUCCACGCAACGAGCGUUCAUCCUGGGGGAAUUUUAACUGGUCUUUCGAAGCACAUUCCCGACGCGGAGGUUGCGGCAAUCUUAGAAGACAAGGCCCUAGUCAAGAGCUUGAAGAGCCCGGAGCAAGGUGCGGCGACCACGGUGUGGGCUGCUAUUGGCAAGGAGUGGGAGAAUAAGGGGGGCAGGUAUCUCGUUGAUUGUGCUGAGGCAAAGCGUGGAAACGAUGAUGGCAAUAUUUCAGGAGCGAGCUAUACCAGCCACACCUACGACAUGGAGAGCGAAGGCCGACUCUGGAAGGACUCGUUGAGAAUGGUGGGGUUGGCUGAUGAUCAGUAG